CUCACAAGGUCUCUUUUUUAACUGCUUUUGGAUGUGCUACUGUUUGUAGAUCUCACAUGCAGAGAAUGCACAUUGAGUUACUACUUAGCUACUGUAACAGGUUCUGUUGCUGCAGUUGUGGGAAGAGCAGAAAUUGCUUAUGAGGGGAAAUAAGCAUAAUGGACGUCUGUUAUAACAGGCAUCUGUUGACUUAAAACUUCUUCUAGGCAGAUCAUUAUGCUGUGGGCUAGCGUUAUGUUAUACUACUCAGUCACACAUUGUUGAAAACCUUUCCCUGCAGAUGAAUUCAAGGAUAUCACUAACAGUUCCCAUACAUCUUCAACACACCAUAACAAUUGGUCGUUAGGCGUAUUGAGCCUGCCCCCUUCUGUGUGUUCGGAUCGGAACAGCCCAACCCCAUUCUAGAGACAAACUUUCCGCCUGCUGCUCUCAUCCACAGACCACAAAGAAUGACGACUGCAGGUACUACACCAGACUUCCUAGACAAACGAUUGCUGCAAGAUGAUGUUCCAGAGAUAGUUGCAAACAUACUGGAUGCACAAACUAAAUCAGAGCUGUUAGGUCGUGUACUCAAGUUGUCACCAUCCAGGGUGUCUGGAAUUCAUGUGCAGUACAAGGAUCCAGAAGAGUGCCUGUUUCGUGUCAUUGAUGAGUUUGUGAAACAAGUGGACCCCAGACCUACUUGGAGAGCAAUUUUAACCGCCCUGAGGCACCCCACUAUUCGACUAACUGGUUUGGCAGAUGAGAUUGAAAGUAAACAUUGUCCCCCAAAAAUAUGUGAUGAGUCCAACAACAGUGGCUCUACAUCUGCAACACACCAUCAAGAUUGGCUGACUUCUUGGAAAACCAUACUGACUGGAGUCUCUAUUUUGAUUGUGUUACUAGCUGUGGUGUGGUCUAACACAGACUGCUACCAGCUGGGACUCUGCCACUCAAAGAGUCUGCCAUCUGUGAGUCAUUUUGUCGGUCGAGAGGAAGACAUUCGCAACAUCACUGGCUACCUUGACUUCUACACCUCAGAUGUUCAGGUAGUUCACAUUGUUGGACCUCCUGGGUUCGGUAAAUCCACUCUGGCCAUGAAAAUUGGGGAAAUAUUCUUACGGAAACGAGUCAGUGUUCAUUAUGUAGACGUUGGUCAAAAAAUGGUUAGAGAUAUAGAUACUCUUGCUGAGAAGAUUGUACUCAGUAUGGUUGAGUCCCGUAAGACUAAGGUAACAUUCAGUGAUUUGGAGGAAAAGAUACAGAAGCAAUAUUCAAAAACGUUAAUAAUACUAGACAACUGUGAUGAGAUUUUGGAGCAUUCAAAGGAGGAAUUUGUCGGUGCAUUAAAGUCAUUAACUGCUCUGUCCCAAAAAAGUGUGAGGUAUCUUCUUACUAGCCAAAAAUGGGUAGCUGACAUUGGCAACUUUCGACUCCAUGCCAUUUACAACCUCUCAUCUGAAGCAGCUACUCAACUGUUGGGUGCAGUAGCUCCUAGUUUAACA